CAGAAGCUCCCGAAGUCCACCCAGCGAUCACUGACCAAUCCACCAAGUAUUUUUGAGGAGAACCCGGACUAUCUUAGUCGCUUUGAUGACUCCAUCUUGGAGCACCUCCUCAAUCGCCGAUUCCUCAAUUCCCACACAGCAAUCAGCAGUCUACAAUUCCUAGCCAUGCUAUCCGCCGUGGGACGCGCUGCCGUGCAGCGCUUGUCCACUACGUCAUGUUGCCCUACCACCAUCUCUCGACUGGCUAUCCGCGUCGUGGGCCAGCAGCAGCCUAGCUUCGGCGCAUACCGCUUGAAGUUUUCAAGGAACUUCGCUGCUGUCGCAAAGACGAAGAAGACGGAAGUCAUCGAGACGAAAGAAAAGGGAAAGGGAAAGGCCAAGAAUACUGUGACGAAAACUGCCAAGAAGACUGCCAAGAAGCCUGCGAAGAAGCCUGCGAAGAAGGCCGCCGUGGCGAAGAAGAAGGCACCGAAGACACCCGUCAAGAAGAAGCCUGCCGCCACCCAGACUCCCUCCAAAACGGCACUGUUGAUGCAGGCGCGGAGGGAAAAGAUGAAGCUCAAGGAGGAAGCCUUGUACAGAGAAGAGCCGCCAGCACCCUUCAGAUCUCCAUACCUAGAAUUUGUGAAAGAACAGACGGCAGGAAAUUCGGGAACGCAUGAGUAUUUCAUGGAAAAGGUGGCGGGUUUGAACCAAGUCUUCAAAUCGCUCCCGGCUUCGGAAUUACAGCGUUUUAAUGAAAUGGCCGAUGCAACGAAGCUAAAGCGCAGUGCGGACUACAAGGCUUGGUUGGAAAGUAUUCCCGCAUCACAGAUCGAAGCUGCCAACAAUGCCCGCCGAAGGCUUAAGAAGGUUUACAAUUUCCCCAAGGUCUUGAAACUCAUCAAAGAUGAGAGGCAGCCCAAGAAGCCUAUCAGCGCGUAUCUGUACUUCGUCAAGGGUCGCUGGGCUUCUGGUGACAGUGACCUCACAUCCACCGGGAGGGAAACGCCAGCUUUCCAAGAGUCUAGCAAAGCUCUAUCAACCGAGUGGAGUAACAUGUCGGAUGCUGAGAAACAGCCGUAUGUCGAGCUCUCACAAGCCGAUAUGAACCGUUAUGAAAAAGAGGUUAACACGGUCCUCCAGCGGACUAUGAGACGCUCCUCCGUCUAGUUUCCUGCUCUCGUGGAAACUUGAACAGAGAGGCUUGCAUUAGGGGAGGACCGACUUUUUUCACGGCUGGAACGCAAAAUUGCGGAUAUGUACUAGGUACCAGACGUUGGACGCUGUAAAGAACGGCAAGAUCCAGUGCUUUGGGUCUGUAAGCUGAAUGGACGGAGCGGAGAGAAAGAGAUUUCUGCGUUUUGAUUUGAUUCACAACCUGUGUACACUAGCAACCACCAGACACUGGCAUGUAACCAGUUAUGGAGUCUUGGAGAUACCAAACGAGCUGCGGGCUACUUAUUGAUACAGUUCUCAGGCAGAAAAUAAAGUACGUUAAAUGAGGGCAUCAAGAGUG